AUAUGUUCAUCCAAAUCGGAAAAUGACCACUAAGACCUGUUGCUUCUGCGUGCCCUUGCCCACUUGUAGCUUGGGUAUCGGAAUAUUCUUCAUCUGUUUUUUCUUCUGCGAAAUGGCUUUCCUCGGUCAAAAAGGCAUUUUUAUCUACUCGAAAGCCGAUAUUUGGGAUUAUGUGCAGUCGGCUAUUUUAACGGUCGGCAUUAUCUCCUGCAUUAUUUUGAUCUUUGGGGUCUACAAGCAAAAGCGAUGUGCCUUUCUUUUCUGGGUAGUCAUUUCUGCGUUCAUUUUCAUAUUAUACAUGGCAAUGUUCAUUAUCGAUUUGGUCGCUUAUAAAUAUAUACUGACGGGCAUACUAAUCCAACUGGCUAUAAUAAUAAUUUUAGCUAUUUCUAUUAUGGUUGUGUACUCCAACUACACUUACAUGAAAAACGAAGGACUAUAAAUUUGUCGAUAUUUU